AUGGUUGGUUUUGGUUUGGGAGGCAGUGGGACAGCUGGAGCAGCAGGCUUCAGGGAGAUGCUGUCGGGGCCUCCGCAGUCAGUGUUUACCAGCCUCUCUCUGCCGCAGAGUUCAGCUCAACACAUCACCAAUCUGUGUCAUUACUCUGUCAUUGCAUCAAAUCACAUGAUUAGCUUCAGGGGCAGUGGAGGAGGCCUGCUCGGGGCGUCUGGCCGUGGCGGUCUCGGGGUAAUGGUCCGGUGGCACUGUGAUGGAGGGGUGUAUGCUGUCCUCUACAGGGCCAAGGAUGCGCCAUCAUUCAGCCUGGCCAAGAUGGCCUCAGGGUGA